GUGAAAGUAGGUGUGUGCGUGCGAGCAGCAGGUGUGCGAGAGUAGCAGGUGUGUGAGGCGAGUGUCGUCUGCAGAACGAGCGAGGCGCCGUCUAUGGGCCGCCCAGCAAACAGUAAAGUGUCAAUAGUGAAGAGCAGCCACCCUCACCAGCCAAUACUACACCGCCGCCAGCAACACCCAACAUGGAUCUAAAGAAGCUUGCUGGGCAGGCUGGGCAGUUUUUGACCAGGGCAGUGCAGUACACAGAAGAGAAGAUAGGUAGUGCAGAAAAGACUGAGCUAGAUGGCCACUUUGAGUCCCUGUCUCUUCAGGCGGAGUCGGCCAAACAGUGGACGGAAAAAUUAUUGACUGGUGCAGAGUCGGUACUUAUUCCUAACCCAGGGAAUAGAGUAGAAGAUAUGAUCUUUGAAAAGAUUGAGAAACGCCGUCCAAAUAGACUUAGUAACUUGGAGUAUUUAGGUUUGGAUAUGGUACAAGCUGGAAACGAAUUUGGCUCGGGAACAGCAUACGGCUCAGCACUACUAAAAGUUGGUGGGGCUGAGCAGCGUCUUGGUCUAGUAGAGAGAGAAUAUAUAAGCAAUGCAGUCCAGGGCUUUAUCCAGCCCAUGAGAAAGUUCCUCGACACAGAAAUGAAAACAAUCACAAGGGAGAAACGACUUCUAGAAACUAAGAGGCUAGAUCUUGAUGCAUGCAAGAGUCGCCUUAGAAAAGCCCGUUCACUGGAUGGACACUCUUCACAAAAGGAUGCAGUGGAUCCCAAAGUCUUAGUGGCCCAGGCAGAAGCAGACUUAAGAAAGGCACAGGCAGAUUUUGACAGACAGGCAGAAAUCACCAAGCUCCUACUAGAGGGUGUAAGGUCAUCACAAGCAGCACACCUGCGUCACCUGAAUGAACUUGUUGAGGCUCAGGCUCAGUAUUAUGAGCAGUCCCACAAAGUGAUGGUGGAGCUACAAAAGGACCUGGCAAGCCUGUCUCUGAGCACUGAGGAUGCUGCUGGACCUUUACCUACUGCAAAAGUGGCAGCAAGGGCUUCUCCUCCAGAAACUAAUGUAUCUCCUACUGCCAAGGAGAACGGACCAAAGGGGACAGUGGAAGAAGGCACUUGGAGGAGAGCAAAAGUUGUUUGUGAUUAUGAUGCAACCAACAGAGAUGAACUGAGUCUUAUGAUGAAUGAGGUUGUUAUGUAUUGUGAACAUGACCGACAGUCACCUGACUUUGUUGUUGCUAAGCGUGGCAGCCAAACUGGCCGUGUUCCUGGAGCCUAUCUUGAGCCCUUGGAUGACUGAGGGCUAAUAAAUGUCAAACUUUGUUAAUUACAGUAUUUUAAUGGUGCAAAUGCCACUUCUCAAAUAUAUUCACUUGGAUUCCUGAUAUGACUUCCUUUCAUCUGCUUGUUGUUUCAUAUUAAUAUCUUGAAUGCACUGUAAGUAAAUCUAUUUAUCAGUGUACUUCCUGAGCUAUUUAAUACAGCAGUGUAAUGCUUUAGACACUGAAAGAUGGUGCUUGGUCUGAAAGACUAGUACAUUAAUGCCUUUCAUAACAUACAGUAUAUAUACAAUUACCAUUGGUAAUAAUGAAUAGAAGUUGGUGCAAUUUGAUAAUGUUAAUUUCUUAUGUGUGUUGAGUAUUACUCUAUUUUUUUACAUUUUAAUGAAUAUGCAGUUGAAUCUCUCCUGCAUUGGCUAGACAUGUUAUACAAAAAGUAAAUUUUUUGUAAGUUGUUAAAUAUGAACAAUAGAUUCACAGAUUCAGUAUUUAACCCUGUACUAGAUGAUAGUAUAAAACAAUUAAUAGAACAAUUAUUAGUUUUAUCUUUUCAGCAUUAGCAGCUUGUAAUCUGUAGUGUAAUCUCUUCCUUAUUGGCAAUUGUCCUACUCAAGUAGGGAAAACCCUUGGUUUCCAAUUUUUUUUGUGCAGAAUCUUACAUAGUGUUUUAAAAUCUUCUUUUUACCUUGCCAUUAACCUGUUUUUUACUAGUGUUUUCUAGCAAGUGCCUAGUUUAUUACCAGAGAUGGUAACAGUAUUACCAUCUUUGUGUCUUCAUUUAGACUUUAGCAAGUGUUACCUUGUCAUAGCUAUUUCGUCUGAUUAUUUAAGACUCCAGUAACUAUGAAACAUAAUUUAUCUUUUAGAUAAAUGCAAACUGUAAAGAAAACUUGUGGCAUUCUUCAUUAUGUAACAUUAAUAUGAAAUUAUUUAGUUGAUAUAUAGUACUUUAUGUGUGAAUUAGUAAUAUAUUAUAAGCUAAUCUUUUCUAAACAGUUAGAAGCUAUCAAACAAGCAAUUGUGCCUUUUUGUUAUGGUUGAUGCAUGGUAGUUAUAUAUACAAAGAUGAUACAUGAUGCAUUGUUUGUAUCAGCUGUGUACUUAUAUAUGAACUGGUGUGUACAAUUAGUUAUACAGUAUUUUACAAACGUUUACUCAUAAUGUAUCUUCACUUUUCAAGUACUUCUGACGACUACUUUUAGGCUUUGGAUAGGCCAACCUUGAAUGACUGUACCGCACAAUGUGUUUUUUCAGCUAAUCCAACAAAUCUUGAUUAAAUUUGAUCAUGUCAGCUGGCUAGAUAUUUAUAAAUUGGACAUCAUGAAAAUGUGUGAUUUUUUCUGUCUUAAAAUCAUGAAACUUCAUAUUAUAUUUAGGAAUUGUGU